UCGACGCUCAAUUUUAAAAAAACAAUUAACUCUAGAAAAUUGAAUCAAAUUAAAAUCCGUCGCUAAAAAAUCGGAUCGGAUCAAACGCCGUCGGACAGAGGUUAAAAUACCUUUCCUAUAAACGCCCAGUCGUUUCAAACACGAUAUCCUUUGGCUCUCUGUCUUUGAUUUUGUCCAAUUGCCCUUUCUGUUCUUCCAUCUCUUCGCAGUGGUUCUUUGUCUGUUGAUUAUCCGUUCAAUCUUCGAUUCUUCGACAAAACACUUAGUCUCUAAGAUUAAUCUCGUGUCUUUCCACAAUUUUCCUGCAAUUAGUUUGCCCCUUUAUUAGUCUUCUAGGGUUUUCUCCCGGGUUGCGCCGCUUCUAAUCGUCUAUAACAGCCGUGUUCCUCGCGCACCCAGAGGCCAGCCAGCCCUUCCAGGGUUCCACCUUCAUCAGCUCCUUCAAAUCCUUCAUCCAUCAUCAAAGCCAUCUACCUCAGUCUGAUAGGUUGCUUAGGAUUUUUUGUUUACUAAAGAGACUCUUCAUUCUGAAAUUAUGGUGUCUGGUUUAAUAAAUGCAAAUCCUGUUGUCUACGAGAAGAAAGAGCGGCAGGUUCGUAGCAUAGCAACCAUACCUGAUGAAUAUGCCGUCGAACCUAUUGACCAACAAGAAAUUUUUGAUCAUAUUAGAGAUAUAAAGGAUCCUGAGCACCCCUACUCUUUAGAAGAGCUUAAAGUUAUAACUGAAGACGCCAUUGAAGUAGACAAUGAGCGCAGUUAUGUUAGGGUCACAUUUACCCCUACCGUUGAACAUUGUAGUAUGGCUACAGUUAUUGGUCUUUGCUUGAGAGUCAAACUUAUGAGGAGUCUCCCUUCUCGCUACAAGAUGGAUAUAAGGGUCGCUCCUGGAACUCAUGCAACUGAAGCUGCAGUUAAUAAACAACUGAAUGAUAAAGAACGUGUUGCAGCAGCACUAGAAAACCCAAACCUAUUGGAUAUGGUUGAUGAAUGUCUGGCUCCAUCCUAUGGUUGAAUGUAUUAUAAUACUUUUAAAUGCGGUGAGAGUAAUUGUAUGUCUUCUAUAUAAUCUACUUGGUUUUUAUGUCGCCUUUGUAUAAUUUUAUUUUACCCUUACUUUACUUCUCUCUUUUGGUUUCUAAUUACAAAAUAAAGCUUAUUUCUUUUAACUACAAUUCUAACGUCGAAGUUUUGGAUUCAUCAACAUGUUUUUCAAAUUGAGAAACUGGAGCCCUUACUGGUUUGUCAGUGGACUGGAGGAUGAGAAAAGGAGUCCUUUCAAGUAGUCUUGACAAUUCCAGUUUUGUGUCGUAUGCCAAAUAUGUGUAAAUAUAAAAAUUAUUAUUUCAUAAUUUGUAUUGAUAUAUCAAACAUCAA